GGACUAACUCCACAAGUCACCUCAACACCCUCAUUGACCUUGCUGGGUUGGACAUCAGCGGCACCCCGCCACCUCCAGUGCCACCCCCCAGCCUGGCGCCAGCGGCCGCGGCCGAGAUCCCCAUCCUGCCUCCCCCUCCCCAGGCCCUCGCGCCCCUGCGGAGCGCUGCCUCCGGCCGGGCCAGCUCCCUCUCCCUGCUGGACGAGGAGCUUCUCUGCUUAGGCCUGAAUGACCCAGCUCCUGCAGCGGUGAAGGAGACCUCAGAAAACAACCAGUGGAGCAUGUUUGAGAACGACCAGCUGGGCCUGGAUUUCUUUAAUCCGAAGAUGGUGACUGUUGCUUGCAACCCUGCAGGGAACCCUCUUCUCCAUCAAGCAUCACAGACCACGUGUGGAACGUCAGUGACGCUGCCCUCUGCUUUCACAGCCUCUCAGACUGCUCCUAGCAUCCCAGCACCCAGCUCAGCACCAUUUGUAUUCUCUGCUGGACCAGCUGCCUCUGCAGGGCCUCCUAAGACUAUUCCAGCUGCUCCUGGGUGCUUCAGCUCAUCUGUGGGGAGCAAUAUGCCACAUAAGAUGGAUGCACUGGGACAGCUCCUUGAAGAAGCCAAAGGGACUGCCACCCAGGGCAUGACGACAGCCUCAGUGUUCCCUGGGGUUACUUUGCCAACCACUGUCACCUCUGCCCCAUUAGUAGGACCUGCAGGGCUGCCGCUCACUGCCCCAGGAGCCCCUCCGGUUCCUUUCCCAAGCAGCUGCACUGCUGGCUCAGGAAGUCCUCUCUUCCAGCCAGCGUCAUUCCAGCAGCAAGGCAGUCCCAUGAAAGCACCUGAAAUUUCCUUGGCCAACGUCCAUGUUCCCUUGGAAUCCAUUAAACCCAGCAGCGCCCUCCCGGUCACCGCCUACGACAAGAACGGGUUCCGGAUCCUGCUGCACUUCGCCAGGGAGUGCCCGCCGGGGCGCGCGGACGUGCUGGUCGUGGUGGUCUCCAUGCUGAACACGGCUCCGCUUCCCGUCAGGAACAUCGUGCUGCAGGCGGCCGUGCCCAAGUCUAUGAAAGUGAAGUUACAACCACCCUCUGGCACAGAGCUGUCUCCAUUCAAUCCCAUCCAGCCACCUGCUGCCAUCACCCAAGUCAUGCUUCUGGCAAACCCUGCAAAGGAGAAGGUGAGGCUGAGAUACAGACUGACCUUCACACUGGGAGACCAGCCCAGCACAGAGGUUGGCGAAGUGGAUCAGUUUCCCCCGGUAGAGCAGUGGGGGAAUCUAUGACCUCAGGACACUGCCAGAGACUGUGCCAGGACCAGGAAAGGAUCCCACAGGACUGGAAGGAAUGUGCCGUGGGGAGGGACGCACAUGCUAUCCACUGGUGACGUUCAGCUUUGUUUACAUGUCCUGACCACUCUGCUUGUAGCUUUAGUCCAGAAUGUUUUGCCCCACGUUGAAGGGGUCCUGGAACGUUUAUGCCAAGCGUGAACUGAGUGGCAGCCACUAGCAGGCAGUGCCGGCUGCUUUUAUCCUGACCUCUGGGUGAAUCUGGUUCUAUCUUCCACUCUGUCAAACUUGAAGUUAUAGUAUUUUGAGGGGAAACCUGUCAGCAGAAAGGGAUUCAGUUGGUUUGUUCCUGUCCUGCUGUCCAGAGAUACCUACAGGCUGGUGGGGUGAUGAUGCCACCAUGAGCUUCCUCAGCGCAGAGCCCUUACACAUGCUCUCCCUCGGACUCUUACCUCCUCA